AAGAAGCGUCAUUUGUUGUUCUGCAUACGUACACCAGUCAUCUCUCGAGCUGCCCAACGCACUGCAAGCAACAAGCCUUGACAUAUAUUGAAACAGAACUGUGUCGACCUUUACAGAAGCAGCGAACAUGGCAGCGAUAAUAUGUGUGAGCGACAUCGCAGCCUUGAAGGGCAAGAGACUCGCAGCUCUCCCAUCUAAACACUCAUGCGCGUGGAAUCCAAGGCUUCUCGUUUGCUGUCAAGUUAAUAAAGACAGCAGCAGCAAUCCAUUUAGUGGGCUAAAAGAUUCAGUAGACAAGGCCACGAAGAUUUCAAUCAAUAAGGAGGACAUUCUUCGCAAGCAGGAGCAGCAGCAAACUGAGAAACAGUCCGUGUUUGGCGCUGUCCCAAAGUCGAGUUCUUUUUGUCCCCGGCCAGAACUUGAUAGACGCCCCGAUAUUGGAUCCCGAUCGUUUGGAAGUUUGCUCACAUUCGAUGGAGCUGCGCCAGAGACUAUCAACGGUCGACUGGCAAUGCUUGGAUUUGUGUGGGCGCUAUCUGCCGAGAAAGCCACUGGUCUGACGGUGGUGGAGCAAAUCUUCAACCCAGGAACCUCUGGCUUAGUUUUCUUCAUCGGAGCAAUUCAGAUCUUCACUUACGCAUCCCUGAUUCCAUUCCUGCAUGGAGAAUCGACAGACGGCAGGAGCUGGGGUCCGUUCACUGCCCGAGCGGAGCGCUGGAACGGGCGACUGGCCAUGAUUGGGUUCGCUGCUUUGAUCAUCGACGAGUUAAUUCACCAGGGACCUCUCAUACAGUAAAAGGCCAUUGCGAACACAUGUUACCUGAAUACUAAUUUAAACAUCCCUGUAGUUGUAAUUUCUUUCGAGAUGGAAUCCGUCUGUAAAAAUUCAAGUACGUAGUAUUCGGGCACAUGACGGAUAGAGUAGAAAAGCUAUCCCCUUCUUAUUUAAUUCUUCUUUUCCUUGUGGCUAGUUGUCUGUCCAGGAUUGAACCCUAAACGGUCGCGCGUAUCACAUAUCAUUGCGUUUUCUCUUACCGGGUUCUUUGAAGAUUCAUUCGUUUGUUCAUUCGUGGCAGGAUGCGUCACUCUGGGUAGUUUCUGUGAGGCAUAUGCUUUUGUACAUUUAUAUAAGAUUCGGACUUGACGACUACACUCACGAGUACAAUUAUGU